AAAUUUAUCUGUCUAAAUGGCGGAUAAAGCGGCAGAAAAUAUCAUGUGUUUGCUAUUAGGUAAAAGUACGGUAAUUAAAUUUGAAAACUGUCAAGUUAUUUCUCUGUGAUUUGGGAUCUUCAUUCAAUAAUCGUGACAAUUAUUUACAACCGCAAGUCAAACAGCAUGGGAACAAAUUUCACGCCAACUGAUAUACAAAAGGCUAAGCUUGAAAAGCUUAUGCAAAACAUUGACAAACCAAUUGAGAUUCCUCAACGACCGAGGGAAGGUAAAUUUGCCGAGGCUCCGGAUUUCAUUAGGAAUAUAAUGGGUUCAAGUGCUGGAGCUGGAAGUGGAGAGUUCCAUGUUUAUCGUCAUCUCAGGAGAAAAGAAUAUGCAAGACAAAGAUUCAUUGAAGAACAAGCUAAGAAGGAAGAGAUGGAUCGUAAAUUUAAGGAAAUGGUUGAAGCAAAUAAGCGUAAAGCUGAAGAAAGAACAGCUAAAAAGAGGGCGAAAAGAUUGAAAAAGAAAGAGAGGAUGAAGCGGGCAAAAUUGAUGAAGAAAAAUAAUCCGAAAAAGAAAACAGAUAAAACAGACUCUGAGGAGGAUGAAAGUGACUCUAAUGACGAUAGUGAAGGUUCAGAAUCUGAUGCGAAAUCAGCAUCUAAUUGCGCUUUAGUAAGCGGAGACGAGGUUAAACAACAAACAUCGCAGACAACUGAAAAAACUGAACUUGAAAGCCAAAAUAACGAAGAGGUUACUGGAUCAAAAUUGACAAGUAUAAACCAGACUCGACCGACUGAAGGUGAAAACGAUUCGACAGAUGAAGAAAUUAUUGGACCAAUGCCUCCAACUGAAAGUAAUCUUACUAGCACAAAAGAAGUAGACUCUGAAACUAAGUCAGACACUCAUAACAAUUCUAACAAAAAAGUUGAGAGUCAAAAAGUCGAGGAUCAGAUGAAUGUUAUCAGUCCAAUGCCAGAUAAAACUGAAACAAACCCAAAGUUAGAUAAUGAUGAUGAAAGUGAAAGUGACGAUGAAAUCAUUGGACCAAUGCCGAAUUAAAGUAACACCAUUCUUUAAAGUCUCAAAUUAACGAAGAUCAAGUAUUGGGAUCGAUUAAAUCAAUUAUUAAAUUUGAGAAUAACUCCCAUCACAGUUAUAUUUGUAAUUUUUGUAAAUAAAUAUUUAUAUUUAUAA